AACAGCUUGUCGACAUUAUUCUUCGGUGCCCCAAAAACUGUAGUUUUCCAGAGUUUCCUUUUCACCAACACUGCUCUAAAACUGACAUACUUAACAUAUAGAUAGUAAAGAUAGCGGGGAGAUAGAGACUUUGAUAUUUGAUAAAAGGAAGCAAACAAACACCACACCACCUACUGCAAUGGUCCAACCGCACCAUCUGAGUCCCCAACGCCACCUUCCUCCUCUGGCUCUCUCUGUCUCUACUUCUUAGUUUCCCGAAUGCGUUACACUCUUUAAAGAAUCCGAAUCCCCCACUUUGUAAGUUUUUUCACCCCCUCUCUCACAAAUCCAUGAUAUUUCUCCUUCCAAAAUGGCAACUUUAGAGGGACACCAUGUCGACGCAGGCAGUGAAAGUCGCUGCCAUUAUCGCCAUUCUGCUACAGGGAGCAGUGGCAUGUCACUCUCCGGCGACUCCGAUGAUCAGUCCUGGCACUCGCCGUUAGAGAUUGAAGGGGUGUCGGAAUCUCAGAGGGAUUCUUCUGAAUCUGAUUGUUUGUGUGAGAAGGACUUGGAGAGUGGGGUUCUGGAGGUGAAGGUGCAUUUGGGUAAAGUGGAGAGAGAUUGUAGGAUUUGCCAUUUGGGUUUGGAGGAUGAUAUAGAGGCUGGGGUGCCAAUUGAGUUGGGGUGUGCUUGUAAAGGUGAUUUGGGUGCUGCCCACAAGCAAUGUGCUGAGACGUGGUUCAAGAUCAAGGGAAAUGCAUGCCGACAGUUGCCAAUAGUAAUCAUGGUAACCUGUAAUGGAAGCAAACGUGGUGGUUGUCGACAUAACAAGAAACAUCCCAUUGAAUCCCUAUUUACACUUUCUUCUGAAGGGGGAGUUUGUUGUAGGAAAGUAAAACGUCCUAGACUCGUGUGGAAACUACUUGAACCUGUGAGAUUUGUGGUGCCACUGCACUCAACGUUGCCGGUGAGCAGAGAAACGAAGCAAACAAUGCUGCUACUGCUGCAGCCGCCUCCACAGCAUUUGCAGCACCCGUGAUACUAGUCGAGACUCGGACCAUCUGGCAUGGCCGCCGCAUAAUGAAUUUCCUAUUGGCCUGCAUGGUCCUUGGCUUUGUCAUUUCUUGGCUUUUUCACUUUAAAAUACUAACAUGAAUUCCUGUAUGGAUACCGGUCCUCACCUCCGCUCAAGCCUACUUGUCCCCUACUCAGUUAGAAUUAGUCUUGAACAUGUGUGUGAUGUAUGAUUACAGAAGCUUCUGUGUGCCAUUAAAUUACACGUCUUGGAAUUUUUGAA